AUGUCACUAUCCGCCGAUAAGCGUGCUGGAUGGAUCACGGCAAGAAGGCCAGCGACAGAAGAUGAGGUUAGAGUAGAAGAGGACGAAGAACGGGAAGUGAAAGAAAAAACAAUCUUAGGAACCAAAACCUCAGCUGUUCCUUCGCUGGCAAAUAAUGAAAAACACUGUCAGGUGAAACCUGAUACUGAUGAUCCUUAUGCUGCGUUGAGCGGGUGCGCACGCGCUGCUGCGGGUGCGGGCUCCAGCGGAGGGGGAGGGGGCGGGCAGGUGCAACUGUGGCAGUUCCUGCUGGAGGAGCUAGCAGCUGGCGCACCUGGAAUCUGCUGGGAGGGAGCCCCGGCCGAGGGCGAGUUCCGUCUGUCCGACCCGGACGAGGUGGCGCGCCGCUGGGGCAGGCGCAAGCAGAAGCCCAACAUGAACUACGACAAACUGUCGCGCGCCCUGCGCUAUUAUUACGACAAGAAUAUCAUGACUAAGGUACACGGCAAGCGCUACGCGUACCGGUUCAGUUGGCGAGGUCUGGCUGCGGCGUGCCAGGCGCAGGCGGCGGACGCGCCCCCCUACUGGCACUAUCUGGCUCCCCCCGCACCAGCGCCCCCGCCUCCGCCCCCGCCUACGCAUAACCCCGGGGAACCCAACUCUCAGCAGCCACCUCCACAUUCACACUGAACGCGCAAAUCGCGAGGCUGCGUUCAAACCAAUUUGGUAUGGAAUAAUAAAAUGUAUUAACUUUGUAACGCUCGCUCACUACCGGCGGCUGACGGUGGACAUAUAUAUAUGUAAAGACCUAUUGAAUGGUUACGGGUAAAUCGGGAGUGA